UCCGAGCCACGACGACCUGACCUACAACGUCGACGUCAUCACGCGGACAUACCCUCAGCUGCAGCCUGAUUUGCCAGCAGAUCGAAGCGCAGACAGUGCAAGACACCACACAAAGAUGGGCAUCGACCUCGGACCACCGUUUGGUGACGUGGGCUCGAUCGGCUUUGGAACGAUGGGUCUCACUUGGCGAGGUACACCUGCGACAGACGAGGAAUCCUUUCCUGUCAUCAAGAAAGCCAUUGAUGCCGGGCUGAAAUAUCUCAAUGCGGGCGUCUUUUACGGCCCGCCUGAUGACAUCCAUGCUAACCUGAAGAUGCUGGGACGCUUCUUCGACAAGUACCCCGAAUAUGUCUCGAAGUCCUUUAUCAGCGUCAAGGGCGGUCUCAAUGGGAUGAAGCCAGACUCCUCAGACUCGCGGCUGAGGCAGGACAUCGAGCUCUCCAACAAGUUGCUGGGCAAGGCACACGUCAAUCUCUUUGAAUGCGCUCGUGUGGACCAGUCACGACCGAUCGAGGAGACCAUGAAAGCGCUCAGCGACCUCGUCAAAGAAGGCCUGAUCGACUAUAUCGGUCUCUCAGAAUGCAAAGCAGAGACGAUCAGGCGAGCACAUGCCGUACACCCUGUGGCCGUCGUCGAGGUCGAAUUCUCGCCAUGGGAAAUGACGAUUAUCGACAAUGGCGUGUUGAGCACUUGCGAAGAGCUCGGCAUCCCCAUCGCGCCAUACUCUCCGCUCGGCAAGGGAAUGCUAGGCGGUCGCAUCAAGAGUCUGAAGGAUAUUCCGGCAGGCGAUGUGCGGCUGCACCAGGAUCGAUUCGCAAACGAAGACAUCUUCAGCAAGAAUCUCAAACUCGCUCAGACUUUUGCCGAUCUUGCAAAAUCUCUCAAGCUCGCGCCCGCCACGCUCGCACUCGCUUGGGCAAAGACGAGAUACGACAAGCUCUUGCCGUUGCCAGGCACGACCCGCGUAGAGGCGGUCGAGGAGCUCGCAGCGGCUGCAAAUGUCAACUUCGAUCCCGAAGAUCUCAAGAAGAUCAACCAGUCCAUUGAGAACGCCCAGCCUCAUGGGGAACGCUACAUGGCCGCCGCGAGGGGCUCGUUAUGGGGCUGAUCGUUCGCAUGCUACUUUGCGGAGUCCGUAUGUCUAUUUGCCUGUCAUCAUCACCAUUGAAGUACCCAGCACUCAUACCUGAUCAAUUCAAU